CACACACACACAUAUAUAUACUAAGUAGACCGUUCUCUCUUUCUGUCUUUCUCUCCUCGUCAUCUAGGACUCUGAAACCCGUUCCAGUCAGCUACGGGCUUUCCGUUGUUCCCGCGUUGGUUCAUGCCUUGAUCGCAGUCGUCGACGAAGAAGACGUGGAUUUAAAUCUUCUCUUCUUGAUGCGUUUCUGAUCUUUUCCUCGAAGAAUCAGUGAGUGCGCGUGAACGAGCGAGUGUUUAUGUGUAUAAGUCUGUGCAGAAGAAUGCGGUAGGAUGCGUAUCCAGGAAAGAUGUUUCCUGUUGGUUCUGUGCCUCCUAGGCGGGGUCGUCUUAUCUUUGACAACCGCCAAUGUUGAAACGCGGAUCACCACGCCAUCCGGUAUCAAUAACAAAGAUACUUUGGGAGUACAGCCUUAUACAGAAUGGCAGAAUGACACAACAGAGUUGAGAGUAUAUCCAACAAAAGAAGCCAACAUUAAGACUACAACCGAAGCAAAGAAAAAGUCUGUAAUGGACUUGAAGAUCAAAGGCGAUCAGAAAUACCAAAAAUCCAUUGUCAAAGAUGAUGAUUCAAAAAGGAUUGUAGAUUCUGAUGCUUUGAUGACGUCAUCGAUUUCAUCUAUGACAGCUUCAACAAAAGUAGAUCAGUCUUCAACAACAGUGAAAUCUGUAAUGAAUGCUACAAAUGUAGUAAUUCCAUUUCUUCUUCAUGGUGUACCGAAAACUAUAGCUGGUGUAACGAAAACAACGCCAAUGAAUAGGUUUGUUCACCAGGAUAUAACAAACAACACAAUGGAGGCAACAGCAUCGUUGAAAGGCAGAGCUUUAAACGUUACCGCUUCGGAGCCAACGAAUUCAUUGCACGCUAAUAUCACAGAUCUUAGUGAUAUCAGCAUGGAUGAAGAUGACAAAGAAGUUGAAGGCGGAGAAUAUAUCGCGCCACGUAAUGGAACUGCCAUAAAUAUUACCUCGACAUUAUUUCCGAAAACAUCAUGCAUCUAUAGAAAUCGCACUUAUUCGGUGGGUGAAAAAAUUGUCGAAGACUGCGAGAGGAAAUGCAUAUGUACUGAAAGUGGAAUUACAGAUUGUCAACCAUUAUGUGUUUCUCCUUAUGUUAGAACAAGCAAAGAAUUUAAGGAUCCUUUGUGUCAUGAAGAACUAAUUACAGAAGAACCAUGUUGCGCCCGUAUUGUCUGUCCGGAUUCAGCUAUUGAACCAGAUGAGACAUGUGUGCUCGACAACAAGACAGUGACUAGAGGACAAAAUAUUGAAGACGGCUGUUCCAGGAUGUGUAUCUGCGAAGCUGGUGGUCAUUUGAAAUGUCAUCCCAGGUGUCCACCGAAUGAAACCAUCUCUAUAGCCAAUCAACAUGAUCGCUGCGUUGCAUUACCCGAUCCCAGAGAUCCCUGCUGUACAAUUACACUUUGCGAUGUUACUUUGGGCGAUUAUGAAGUUAAACCGGAGAAUUCUACCGAUUUGAGUGUGCAUUUGAUGGACGUAAAGGUACUAAACUCAACAGCAAUCAAAUUAAAAUUAUCCGCAAAGAAUCCUCAAGACGUCAUUAUAGAGAUCUCGCAGAACAAUCAUAUAUGGAGACAGCAGAAAUCCGAUAAAGAUGGUAUAAUUGCAAAUUUGGAACCUGCGCAUACAUACUACUUUCGCGUAGCAGAAGGAAGUCGCACAGGACCAGCCAUACAAGUGUUCUUACCAGCUGAAGUAAUAAAGACAAAUAUUUCGGAGAAAACAUCUGAUAAGAAUACCUGCAAUUAUAGAGGAAAAUCAUAUAAGAUUAGUGCAGAAUGGUAUGAUGAAUGUAUCUUCUUCUGCACUUGCACAGAAGAUGGCAAAACUGAAUGUGCCACGAUAGAGUGUCCCACAGAUUUUGGAUUGGAUUUGUUGGAUCCGCAUUGCCUGGAUUGGGAGACAGUCCCAGCAAAUUUUGUCCCAAAAGCACCACAAUGUUGCCCUCAGGAGGUACGCUGUAGAAACAAUGGAUCUUGUUAUUAUGAAGGAGUCAUGUAUGACAAUUGGAGCGAAUUACCUUCAAAUGUCACUGGCUGCGAGAGACGUUGUUAUUGCGAGAUGGGCAAUAUAUCCUGUCAGGCUGCUUGCAAAGUUGUACCAGCGUUGCCGCCUACGAAUUUACCAUGUCCUUCUAAUCAAGCAACAUUGACACAAGUACCUACCAAUCCAUGUUGCAUGCAAUGGACCUGCAGUUAUUCUUCAUUAUCAGGAAUGAACGUGACAUCCGCGUAUCCCGGCCCUUUAGCCACACAUACGUUCGAUCAGCAAACGAUUGACAAUAUCAAAAGACCGAAUAACAAGUCGGAAAUGCUCAAGCCCAACCAGGAAUCGGAGCACAGUACUUCUUCCUUCUCGGAAAACCCGAAAAUCGAUAAAAUACAAACGGACACUAUUACUCACGGAUUUCCUCAUUAUCCUAUGGAUCCAGGACAUCCCACAGUACCUUAUAAUGGACCUUACAGUCCUGAUUUCCUAUCGACUCAUCUUAAUAUAGAAGAUACCUUCCAUCUACCCGUUCACUCUGACAAGCAGACAUCGAAUUCAAAGGAAAAGUCAAAAUCAAAGUCUGACUCAAAAAAACCCGUAGAACUGGUAAAACUUCAUAAAGAAAUGAACGAUCAAUAUUUCCCUGGUCCGUUAGCACCUGAUAAACUUAACAGUAAGGCCGUUUCGACAUCCCCAUAUCCCAUUAAUGAAAAUCAACAUGUACAAGGUUCAUUAAGUUUAAACAAAGUAAUUCCUACACAAAAAGGUCGUCCAACUGAUCAAAUUCAGUUCGUCCCAUUACAUUCUCAUCCUGAUGCUUUGAUCAAUAAUCAGUAUAAUAACUCAAUGGUUAGACUUCCUCAUCAGGAUUUAAUUCUUCCCAAACCCGAAUCAAUAGACCCGAAUGUAGUCUGUGAUUUCAAAAAAAAGAUUACAUCUAAUCCUUUUGAUGCAGAAAAAUCAAAAUCAUCUCUGACAUUGCCUGAACGACAGAAACACGGUCAGAAAAAUCCCAAUCAUGAAAUUCUGCCGGAACAAUUGUAUCACCUGAUAAAUUCACAACAUCCUGGCCUAAUCCAAGCCGACCAUACCUCUUCUCAAAGUUAUCCAAGUCUAUAUGAUCUUCAUCAACAGAUUUCCGGUCAAUCAUCUAAUAAUGGGAUGCAAUCCACUUAUUUCGGAUUACCAUCUGCUGCACCAAAGAAGACGACAAAACCCCAUAUUUUUACACAAAAGAAUGAAAAUGGGCAGAUUGCUUAUCAUAUUCAUACGCCCGAUAUUCCAAAUACACCACAGCAAAUCGAGGAAUUAUUAGCACAUAUUAAUGAACAUGAUCCCAAUCUUGGACCUUUCCAACAUUAUCCUGAACAGCCAGUUAUACCUCAUAAUAUAUUGAACGGCCCGCUGCCAAUUCUGCCAUCUCAUAUAGACGCUCACAUACCACAUUCAGGACUUACGCACUUGAACCAUCCGCUCGCAGCACAAACGCCCAAUCAGUCAGGUUUGGAUAAUAUUGUACCUCCAGGCUUUUCACUAUCUGGAGGUAUAGGUGGGUUCCCAGCCACAUCUUCUUCAAAUGAAGUUACAAUGCAAAUAUUGGAAGCACUAGAUGAACAUACAAUUCGAUUAGUGUUUACUGUACCUCAAGUCCUAGUGGGAUUACAUGGAAGAGUGGAGUUACGUUACACCAGCGAUAAAACAAAUUUCGACUUAUCCACGUGGAAAGUACAGGUGUUUGCUCCCCCUAACGACUUAAUUGCAACGCCCCAGCUUGAAUUUGAAUUAGGCGAUCUGAAGCCGAUGACCGAAUACAAAGUGAAGAUUACAGUUAAAUUGAAGGAUUUGACUAAUAGUCCAACUAGCAAAAUUUACAAUGUGCGUACAUUAGAAAAACGUGCGGAAAUGACGACUUUACCUCCGCAAAUACCAAUUGAUGCUGAACUUAGAAUAGCAGAGACGAAUUCAACCUGGAUUAAUGUUAUGUGGAAGAAAUUCAACGAAAAUGAAUUGCAAUUCAUAGAUGGCGUUCAAUUAAGAUAUAAAGAGUAUGAUAGUAAAGUUUAUGCAGCAACACCAUUAAUCCAUCGUGCUGUAACGAACUAUGUAAUCGAAAAUCUGAAACCAUCAACUACAUAUGAAGUUGGUAUUUACUUCAUACCAUUCCCAGGACAAUUAACGGAGUUAAUAAGCGAAAAAACAAUUCAGAUAGCUACAUUUGUAGAGCCAGAUCCUUACUCUUUUGAUGUAAAAGUUGAAAUAAGGACUAUAAAGUCAACGGACGUAGAGGUAUCCUGGAGUGGCGUGCCUUAUCCGGAGGACAAAUACGUAAACAUUUAUCAUGCGAUUUACCAAAGCGACACUGGUACAGAAGAUACUAGUACCUUCAAGAUCGCCAAGAGAGACUCUCAUGCCAGAACCAUAAUCAAUGAUCUAAAACCUGGCACUAGAUACCGAUUGUGGCUUGAAAUAUACUUGACAAAUGGCAGAAUAAAAAAAAGUAAUGUACAGGAUUUUGUUACUAAACCAGGUGUCCUUUUAUCGGCUACAGUAUCUCAACAAGCUGGAAAAUUUGCAUCACUUCCCCUUCACGAAGGAAAUUAUUAUGGUCCAUUAGUAAUAGUAGCCAUCGUAGCCUCCUUGGCGAUAUUAUCAACUUUGAUUUUAUUAAUGAUGCUGAUGAAAAAACGGACAAGCAGUAAGGCUGAUAUAUCACCUCGUAAAACGACAUCAGCAUACGACAAUCCUUCCUACAAGACCUGUGAGGAUACAAUUACAACAUCCAAUGGAAGGAACAAAAUUACAGCAGACCAUGAAAUGGCUACCAUCAAUUCGAAUGUUAAAGAAACUGCCUGAAAUUCUAUAUAUAUAAUUUAUUAUGUCUAUAUUUAUUUAUACUAAAGUCUCUAUUAAAUAUAUCUAUUAAAUCCAUUUAUACGUAAUGACUAUCUCAAAACUUAAGUAGAAUAGAUUUUCAGUCUAUUGAAAACAGAUUUGGUUGAUUGAGAACUUAUUCACUUAAAUUUUGAAAUAAUCUAAUAUUGAACUUUCCUUGUGCAAAGUGUCUAUUUUAAAUUUUAUUAGCAAAAGAAUUACAGAUUUGAUACAAAAUUUAGAUAUAUAUAAUACUGUAAACAGAAUGCUAGAGAAAUACAACCAAAAUUUAUUAAUGGAAUAUGAGGGCAGAUUGGCGGCAAACUUCGAGCUGUAUCAGUUAAAUACAGAUUUUGCAUAAUUCCUGCCGACAAUCUGUUAUUAGAUCUUCACAAAAAAAACACAAAUUUAAUGUAGACUCAGUUAAUGCCAAUUUGCUAGCAAUUGAUUGAAUUUAUUGCCUAUUCUGGCAUACUGUGGACAGUUUGCUUAUUAGAUUAGUAUUAGAUAAAUUUUAUUUACUUUUGUACAGUUUAUAUACAUAAAAACAUUUGCACUGUUAAACAU